AAGCCUUCAGUGUUAAACAACAUGGCGGCGCCCGGACGGCACGUAGGGCAUUAUAUCCAGAGAAACAGCCGAGUUUUGCUAAAUAAUUUGGAGCCGUUAUGGGGUCACAGGAGUUUUGGUUGGACUUCGGCUUUGCGACAACAAACCGCAGAAGCUGAUACAGAAUCGUCAGAGACUAUUGUCGUCCCCAGGAAGAAAACAUGGAGCAAGGAGGCAGUGCUGGAGGCUCUGGCUGCAACUGUCAGCAGGGAUACAACAGCAUAUCCCUACCAGUUCCAGGAUGACCCUUACCUCUCUCCCAGGACCUCUGUGGAGUUUAAGCUAUACUCUCUCUCUCAGGAGUCGGGCAGAUCUGCAGCUAAAUACAUUGUCAACAACUACCCCAAGUUCUUCACCAAAGACUUUGCUGAACCACAUAUACCAUGUCUGAUGCCAAAGACUGUGUCACUGCGUCUCGAGGAGGUGAGCGAGGAGGCUCUGAAGGAGCGAAUCAGCUUGAGAAAAGUUACAGCUGCUGCUGACAUGUAUGAUCAACUAAUGCAAGCUGGCACAGAAGUCGCUAUGGAAACGACCCAUGACCUGUUGGACUUGAUCUGUCUCUAUGGUGACAGAGACCCUGUCCAGGAUGGAGGACCAGAGACGGAGGACAUGGAGGAGUCAGGAGAGGAGCCGAAGAAAAGAAAAGGGAGACUCCGCCGGGCAUCAGACAUCAUCAAGUCCACCUGGAAAGAAAACAACAACGCAGAGAGAAUCUUUAACUUGCUGCCAGAGAGAGACACACACUGUUACUCUGCUCUGAUCAGAGGCAUGGUCCUGCAUGGAGCCUAUGAGAAGGCCUUCGGCUUAUACACGGACAUGCAGAACAACAGGCUGAGUGCUGACAUCCACAUCUUCAAUGCUCUGAUCGCAGCAGCUCCAGAAGUCAGAGAAAAAUAUCAGGAGAGAUGGGACCUCAUCGCCGAUCUGCUGAAGCAGAUGAGUCAGCAGAAAGUUCAGCCCAACCUGAUGACCUUCAACUGUGUCCUCAAAGCUCUGAGACGCUGUGGCUCUUUAGGCAAAUCACAAGCUCUACAGACUCUGACCGAGAUGAAGGCUUUACAAAUAGUUCCCAGCCUGGCCUCUUACAAUCACAUCCUUUCCAUCUUUUACAAACCAGCCUCUGCUGGUCAGGGCAACACCGACAUUUUACAGGAAGUUGUUGCCGAGCUGGCAGGAACCAGCUUCACCUGCCAGGACCCUGAUGACGUUCUCUUCUUCAUAAAUGCGAUGAGAAUAUGUCUGGAUAAUAAAGAUCUGGAGCUGGGUUAUAAGAUCCAGAGCUUAGUAGAAGUUGGGGAGAACUGGAGGCUUCUGGGAGAUUCCUUCCAGCAGAGUAUUUACUAUGGUCGCUUCUUCAACCUGCUGUGUUUGAUGGAGCACAUUGGCGUGGUGUUAAAGUGGUACAGACGGCUCAUUCCCUCGAUGUACUACCCGAACCCUCAGGGCCUGAGGGACCUGCUGCAGGCUCUGGACACAGACAACCAUCUGGAUUUGAUUCCCACUAUAUGGAAAGAUAUCUGCACUCUGGGUCAUGAUAAUAAGAGUGAUCUUGUGGAGGAGCUGCUCACCCUGAUGGCCAGAGAUGGACACAGUCCUGAGGUUCAGGAGUCUUUUGCAGCGUGCGCUCUGGAUGUAAAGAGGGUGUACGAUGAAAACAGAGGGAAGCCCAGUCUGGAGUGGAGCAACUCGUCCCUCUCGCACGUCGCCUCCCUGCUGCUUCGAGCCAACAAGACCCAGCAUGCCUGGGACGUGCUGCAGCUCUUCAAAGCCAAGAACAGAGUUCCUCAAGAGGAGCUGUUGGACGAAUUCCUGUCGGCGUGUCACAGAGAUGGCUCUCCUCAGAAAGCAGUGGAGCUGGUUCAGCUGUCCACAGCCUUCUGCCUGCCCACAACACCAAAUCUGGCCAAGCGAGCGUUGGCUGAGUUCGAUCUGACGGAGGAACAGAGAGCUGUAUUAUCUGAACUGGAGUCUGCAGGAGUGCCCUCUACUGAUGCGAAGGAUAGUGUGUGAACCACUAUGAUGCUGAUCAACUGAUACAAGAAUCUGACACACCCGUAGAGAGUGUUCUUGUUUUGUUAUAUGUGUAAUAAAAAUAUAUGUCACAUGAAUAAAAUCUAAACCUUCCCCAGUU